CUGUAUUCCAGGGUGAUGCCUGUCUGUCUAUGUUUGAGGCGUGAACCUCGUCAGAUUCCUGUCCCAGUAUGUCGUGAGAUCCCUGCAUGUACUUAAUGUGUGAUCCGGUUUGCAUUUACUGACGGAUCCUGUCUGUCUCCUUGCAUAAUCCUGUCUGCAUCCCUGUGUGAUCUGUCUGAAUUUUGCGUGAUCCUGUCCGCUUGCAAUCUGCGAUCCUGCUGUUUGCAAUCUGUGAUCCUGCCUGCUUUUAAGGUGCGAUCGGCCCCUGUUUUAUUAUGUCGAUUCGCGUUGUCUCUGCCCCUGUGUGAUCUGUCUGCGUUUUGCAUGGUCCCUGUCUACAUGCAAUGUGUGCUCCCUGUCUGUAUCCCGGUGUGACCCCAGUCCGCCGGGUUUGUCGAGCGAGCGCCUCCCCUUGCCUCCGCAGUCCGGCUCCGGCUCCGGCUCCAGGACGGGUUGCGUUGGAUGCUCUGAGUCAGGCUGAGGCUCUUGUUUACCAGCGAGCUCGGAGCCUGAGUCAGAGACACGGCGGGCGGACCAGCAGCCUCCGAGAGAGAGACACACACACACACACGUUCAGAGGCAGGGAAGCCGCGGACCCCGCUCAACCUCCGCUGCCGGAGACCGAGGACGAGCCCAGGGACCGCAAGCCCAGCGGAGGGUCGCCGCCGAGAGCACCUUUCCUGGGGAGCGAAGGGUCCCUGUAGCACCCCCCUCUCUAUCCUGGAAAAAUCCCAACGCGCCACGCUUUGCCUUUUGCUUCCCUCCCCCCUCUGUCUCUCCUUCCCAGGCUCCAAACAAACAACAGGGGUAAAAAAAAAAUCCAGCUUUUAAUUAAGAAAAAUUGGGAGAGGAGGGGAGAAAAUGCAUCUUUAAAUCGCUUCACAGAGAGAGAGAGAAAAGGCAGGGGUUCAGUUCUGCAGUUUGUGCAGGAAUUGUUUUCUCUUGCUUUGGGAAUAUAUAUAUACUGUAUAUUUCUUUUUUUUUCUUCUUCUUGUUUUUUUUCUCUCAAAGGAAUGGAGACUGAGGAUGGGGAGUUCCAGAACAGCUUGUGUUUGCUAGAUUUCACAAUGAGACACAGACAAGGUUGAGGGGGAGAAAAAGCCAAGAAAAAAAAACAAAGGAUACUGUAGCAGGGGGAAAAAAGGAAGAAAACAGUUUAAAUUUGCAAGAGUUACUUUUUUUUCCUUCCUCCAUCCCAUUUUCUUAACAUUAAAGCACCCCAGCCUAGUUAAAAUUAGAGGUUCAUUAAAUCCAGAGUUACUCCUUUUUUGUUUUUGUCGUUGGGGGUUUUGUUUGACGAUUGUUUUCAUUCGGUGGCGGAGACGGUCGGUACUCUUUAGUGCGGUGCACAAAUGGGAACCAAGUCUGGAACAAAGAGGGGCUCCGUGACCUUGUGUUGGGGUUUGGUCGCUCUCUGCGUCUCACUCGCUCUGGGACAUACUCAUAUCGAAAUAUGCAACGGCAUGGAUAUUAGGAACCAGGUGUCGGAUCUGCGGCAGCUGGAGAACUGCACCAUCAUUGAGGGCUACCUGCAAAUCCUGCUCAUCACUGGCAAGGCAGAGGACUUCCGUGCCCUGCGAUUCCCAAAGCUGACCGUCAUCACGGAGUACCUGCUGCUCUACCGCGUCUACGGGCUUGAGACGUUGCGGGAUCUCUUCCCCAAUCUCGCUGUCAUCCGGGGCGUCCGCCUGUUCUUCAACUACGCACUGGUCAUCUUUGAAAUGACUCACCUGAAGGAGAUCGGACUGUACAGUCUGCAGAAUAUCACGCGUGGCGCCGUGCGGAUUGAGAAAAACCACGACCUCUGUUACCUGUCCACCAUUGACUGGUCCUUCAUCCUGGAUUCUGUGGAAAAUAAUUACAUCGAUCGGAAUAAGCAGCAGAACGAGUGUGGGGAUGUCUGUCCGGGAACCAUGGAGGAUCGCCCGCUGUGCGUGAAGACCAGUGUGAGCAGUCUGUACAACUAUCGCUGCUGGAGUGCCAACCACUGCCAGAAAGUUUGCCCGAAAGCUUGCGGGAAGAGAGCCUGUAACGACAAGGGGGAGUGCUGCCAUGCGGAGUGCCUUGGGGGCUGCACUGCCCUCAACGACAACAGAGCCUGCAUGGCGUGUCGGAACUACUACUUUGAGGGCCAGUGCCUCGCCAGCUGCCCCCCGGGUACCUACAGGUUCGAAGGGUGGCACUGUGUGACCAAGGAACUGUGUGCCAAGAUCCCCGUCGAGAAUCCCAAAGAGCAGUUUGCUCUGCACGAUGGAGAGUGUACCCUCAUCUGUCCGUCAGGAUACACCCGCAAUGCCACCAGCAUGUAUUGUACCCCUUGUGAUGGCCCUUGCCCAAACGUCUGCCCGGUGAAAACGGAGACCAUCGAUUCCGUCACGGCCGCCCAGUACCUGAAGGGAUGUACGGUGGUUAAUGGCAACUUGAUCAUCGCAAUCCGUAGGGGAAACAAUAUUGCUGCAGAGCUGGAAGCCAACCUCGGCCGGAUUGAGACCAUUACAGGAUACCUGAAAAUCCAUCAUUCCUAUGCCCUUGUCUCGCUUUCCUUCUUCAAGAACCUGCGCUACAUCAACGGGGAGGAACAGCUUGAGGGGAACUACUCGUUCUAUGUCCUGGACAAUCAGAACCUGCAGCAACUCUGGGACUGGAGCCGUCACAACCUCACCAUCAAGCAGGGGAAGGUCUACUUCGCUUUCAACCCCAAGCUCUGCGUGUCGGAGAUCUACCACAUGGUCGAUGUGGCUGGAGUGAAGGGCAGGCAGGGCACGGCAGACAUGGAGCCAAGGACUAAUGGGGACCGAGCUUCCUGUGAAAGGCGCAUCUUGAAAUUCACAAGUAAUUCCACUGCAAAGAACAAGAUAAUACUGAAGUGGGAACAUUACCGCCCACCAGAUUACAGAGAUCUCAUCAGUUUUAUCGUGUAUUACAAGGAAGCGCCCUUUCAGAACUUGACUGAGUAUGAUGGGCAGGAUGCUUGUGGCUCCAACAGCUGGAACAUGGUGGAUGUGGACCUCCCCCAGAGCAAGAACCAAGAGCCAGGGGUGUACUUGUCGAAUUUAAAGCCCUGGACUCAGUAUGCUAUUUUUGUCAAGGCAAUCACCCUUGCUGUCUCUGAAGACGGCCGGAACUACGGGGCGAAGAGUGAAAUCGUCUACAUAAAGACAAAUGCCUCAGCUCCUUCGGUUCCCCUGGAUGUGGUGUCAGUGUCCAACUCCUCGUCGCAGCUCGUGGUGAAGUGGAAGCCACCUGCCUUUUCGAACGGGAACAUCACCUACUACCUGGUGCGCUGGCAGCAGCAGCCCGAGGAUGCAGAGCUUUACAAACAUGACUACUGUCACAAAGGCCUGAAGCUGCCCACCAGGAUCUCGGCCACAGGGACAAUUGACCUGGAUGGCAAUGGCGAUUCCAAACCCUCGGAUAAGAAUGGCCAGGGACAGUGCUGUGCCUGCCCAAAGACCCAGGCUGAGAUCAAUGCCGAAGCCGAGGAAGUCAUGUUUCAGAAGUCCUUUGAGAAUUUUCUGCACAACUCCAUCUUCAUGCCCAGGCCGUUACGCAAGCGCAGAGAUACCUUUGGCGUGGCCAAUGUAUCCCUCUCUGCGAAUGGUACGAGACCCCCUGAACCGCACCAGAACAGCUCCGACCCCGAGAGGAAGCAAGACUACCCCUUCUCCGAGAGCAAAGUACGGUGCAGCGACAGGACGGUCAUCUCUAACCUGCGGCAUUUCACCACCUACCGCGUCGACAUCCACGCCUGCAACCACAAAGCCCUCAAGCUCGGCUGCAGUGUUUCCACCUUUGUGUUUGCGAGGACCAUGCCGAUAGAUAAAGCUGACAACAUACCGGGCCCGGUGAUUUGGGAGCCUGGUGACGAUGACACGAGCAUUUACCUCAAGUGGCUGGAGCCACCCAAUCCCAAUGGCCUGAUUCUGAUGUAUGAAGUGAAGUACAGUCGUGGAGACAAUGAGAUUCAGCAGGAGUGUGUCUCCCGACAGCGCUACAGGUCGAGCAGUGGUGGCUGCAGGCUGGACAGACUGAGCCCCGGUAACUACACCGCUGAGGUGCGGGCGACCUCGCUCUCCGGGAACGGUUCCUGGACUGACCCGGUGAUGUUCUACAUCAAAGCCAAACCACCCGGUCCCGAUAACCUCAUGCAGUUAAUCAUUGCUCUGCCAAUUGCAGUGCUCUUGAUGAUAAUUGGUCUGAUAUUAACACUGUAUUACUUCAACAAGAAGCGAAACAAUGAUCGGCUUCCGAAUGGAGUCCUUUAUGCAUCUGUGAAUCCUGAGUACUUCAGUGCUGCUGACAUGUAUGUGCCGGAUGAGUGGGAGGUUCCACGGGAGAAGAUGACCAUGUGCCGCGAGUUGGGCCAGGGCUCCUUUGGGAUGGUGUACGAGGGAAUCGCCAAGGGCGUGGUGAAGGGUGACACAGAGACGAGAGUGGCCAUCAAGACGGUGAACGAGUCGGCCAGCAUGCGCGAGCGCAUCGAGUUCCUCAACGAGGCAUCGGUGAUGAAGGAGUUCAAUUGCCAUCACGUGGUCCGCCUGCUUGGCGUGGUGUCCCAGGGGCAGCCCACCUUGGUGAUCAUGGAGCUGAUGACACGUGGGGAUCUGAAGAGCUAUCUGCGCUCACUGCGGCCAGACGCAGAGAAUAAUCCUGGGAAACCACCACCCACCCUGAAGAAGAUGACCCAGAUGGCUGGGGAGAUUGCUGACGGCAUGUCUUACCUGAACGCUAACAAGUUUGUUCACCGAGAUUUGGCUGCUCGAAACUGUAUGGUGGCAGAAGAUUAUACUGUAAAGAUCGGAGAUUUUGGGAUGACACGUGAUAUCUACGAGACAGAUUAUUACCGGAAAGGAGGGAAGGGGCUCCUGCCAGUCCGUUGGAUGUCGCCAGAGUCCCUGAAGGAUGGAGUUUUCACCACACACUCUGACGUCUGGUCGUUUGGCGUAGUUCUCUGGGAGAUUGCCACACUGGCGGAGCAGCCCUACCAGGGCAUGUCUAACGAGCAGGUGCUGCGCUUCGUAAUGGAGGGCGGCUUACUGGAACGGCCGGAGUCCUGUGCCGACAGCUUGUUCGAGCUGAUGCGCUUGUGUUGGCAGUACAACCCAAAAAUGCGGCCCUCCUUCAUGGAGAUUAUCGAGAGCAUUAAGGACGACCUGGACCCGUCCUUCCAAGAGGUUGCCUACUUCUACAGUGAGGAGUGCAAGAACCGUGACUUGGAGGAGUUUGAGAUCGAGGCAGAGAACAUGGAAAGCGUUCCUCUCGACCCCUCCUCCACUCUGCAGCACUCGGACAAGCACUCCGGCCACAAGGUGGAGAACGGGCCCGGCAUUGUCCUGCGAGCCAGCUUCGACGAGCGGCAGCCCUACACCCACAUGAACGGGGGCAGGAAGAACGAGAAGGUGUUGCCUUUGCCGCAGUCAACAACCUGCUGAUCCCCUACACGCACACGCACUCACACUCACAUUCACACACACACACACACUCACGCUCACGCACACGCACACGCACACUCACACACACACACACACUCACACUCACACACACUCACAGACACACUCACAGACACACACACACACUCACACACACACACUCACACACACACUCGCACACACACACACACACACACACAAACGCGCACACACACAACGAUGCACAUACACAUGCACAAAUAGGCACUUGCAUGCACACAUGCAUCCACACAGACGUGUACAUACAUGCACGCACACACACACGCAACGAUGCACAUACACAUGCACAAAUAGGCACUUGCAUGCACACGUGCAUCCACACAGAUGUGUACAUACAUGCAUAGGCAGGCCCCCAUACAGGAAGUCUCACACACACGUGCACGCGUGCACAUACACGUGCACACAUACUCAUGCACUAAUAUGCACAUGCAAACAUAGAUGCACUGGCUUGCGUAAAUGCACCCACACAGACACGUACACACAUGCAGACAGGCAGGCAAACAUACCGGAAGAUAGACACAUGCACACAGAAAUAUGUGGGCACACACUCACAAACACAGACACACACACACACACACACACACACACACACACACACACACAUGUCACUGUAUCUCAGUAGAACUGAAACUGCCAUUGCUGCACAGUGGAGAGGACUCGUUUCAGUCGCCACAAUGAUAUUUCAAAUGCGAGCAGUUUUCCUGGGAAGAAAAUAAAGACUUGACAGUGCUCAAGCAGGUCUCGACAGCAGGCUGCACAAACUCGUAAUGUGAGAUACUCGUUUCCCAGGACUCUCACUGCACAGUAAACAUAUCUGAAGUUCAACAGAGGAGCUGCUCUUAGUAGGGAUGCUGCCUGGGCUCUUGGCUCCGAUCCUUGGCACCACAUCUUUCCACGUCCAGUGUCUGUAUCCCUGUUAAUGAACCAACUCUGGAGAUGAUUGUUGCUGGAGGGGCUACAGCACAGGCUUGUCUCGUGGGCCCCGCCAUCUCCUGCAUUCAGUCAUCUCUCAUCGCUGAUAGAAGUUGCCAAAAUUUAAAGAAAAAAGAAUAGUUUUUAUUAUGAGAAUUGUGUUUCGACACUUACAAAGAACGGGUUUAGGAAUGUGUUUCCCAGAAAGACAGAUGCACUGAAUUCGAGUGUGUGCACAUGCUGAUAGAUUCUCACAUACACACACACACGCUCACACACUCACUCACACACACACUCACACAUCGUCUCACUGAUCAACCUGCCGUAUCAAUCUACACUGGGAUUAAUUUACCGCUGAAACAAAAGCCUGGACGGCAGCAAUGGCUGAACAUCCUUGGAGGUGUUGAAGGUCACGGGUGCAGUGAGGCAGGGCCCAGUCCGCGAGGCGAGUGGUAAGACGAGGACGGAGAAGGGCGCGGCUUCUCGCAAGAGCGGCCAAGGUUAAAGAAACCAGUGACAGCAAAGGACAAAAAAGAGGAGCAGUUAAGUGCUAAGUAUUCUCUGAUGUGCUCAGUAGAAUUAUAGUGAUUGGGUCUUGCAGUUCUAUGUUUGACCAUAAACCUUUGGAUACUCAUUGUGUCACUUUUAUAACUUUUAUGGUUUAUUAUCGAUCUGUCUUUAAAGAAAAGCUGCUAUAAUUUUUUUCCUUAACUCUGGAGAUGAAAUCAACUUUACCUUUUGUUCCUCUUACCCGGCCUCCCUUUCCAUUUAGUUUUUCUUCCACCAACCCUUUGGCGCCUUGUACAGUGCUUCAAAUUGACUUUUAUUUCUUCUUGGUAUUGGUGUGGUUGCCUUGAGCUGCCGCCUUUGUGUUUUUUUUUGCGAGAGAAAUGAAUACAAGUGGGAAGAUAUUUCCUUGCAUUGUUGCCUGUCACCUUAGCUCAGCGCAUGAAUACAAACUGUUCUCUUCCCAGCACAGUCUAGCAGAAAUGUUCCUUGUGAACUUCCAUCUAAAUCAGUACAGGGCGUGAUAAAAACUAUACUCAGGUCAAACAGUUUAAUACUAGUACGUGUCUUUCUCAGUGUCUCCAUGUUAAUUUUUGUUCAUAAGUAGAAAAUUGUUUUGCUCUUCACCAAAACAACUCAGAACUUUUUUUUUUAAAAAGAAAAGUAAACUGGGUUAGAUAUCCUGACAGCUCUUUAAAUAUAAUGUUUUUUUAAAAUUUUCAGCUACAUAUCUUUAACUCUUUCCUGUCCAGGGUUUUAUCUAUGAUUUUCUAAUUAUUACCAGCAAGGGGUUUGAGCAGACCAGAGACCAUGGCGGUUGUGUUGUCCGUUAACUGACUCCACACUCUGAUGAUGGCCUGACAUUUUGCAGAGUUGUCCUUUGUCUUUUGGAGUUGUACAAUUUUAUAGUGUUUGCUUUCAUCUCUCGGCGGCCAUCAUUAACAGUGGCUAUCAAUAAAGGGUAUCAGUUCACCAAAUUCAGUAACACGCUGGGUAAUAACCAGUCCGUUACUUGAUACCCAGGUGACAUCACCAAAUCUUAACUAUCACGAGGCAGCAAACUCCAACCAUUGGGGAAGGUAGGUGUUCAAUUACGAAGAAACAAUCUUAGUUUGGCCAGCGGUUAAUCUUCUUUGACUUGAUUGUACAGGGGAAGAGCCCCGAUAUUUUGGUAUCAGAUCUUUCCAGGUGUGGCUUCCCAUCGCAGGGUCCCACCACAAGGCUUUGGACGUUGAAACAACGCAACUAAUGAGUAUGGGUCGGUGGGAGGAAACAUUAUGGCAUCUCCUACGUUAUACCCCAUUGUGACUUGCCCCACAUUGUCCCCUCUCUCAGCAGGAUGUGGAGAGUCAUUUACUUUGAACCUCCGCCAAGUGUGAAAGAUGCUGACCGUCCGGGCUUCCCGAGAUGGCACCUCUUUGUGCGGCUGGUUAGCGUCCUGUUUUGCCCCAGUGCUGGCAGAAAUUAUUCCAAGGAGCCUUUCAUUGAAAGGACAUUCUCCACCUGGACUGGAAGGCAGUUAACUUAAACACAGGAGCAAAGAAAUAUAUACAAAUAAAUAAUGACUGAAAUUUGUGACCAGAUGUAACUUUAAAGUUUAUAGUGAGUUUUUUUUUUGCUUUAUUCCUUUGCUAGAUUAGUUCUCGCUUCCUGUUUGCUGCUGUCCCAAUGCAUUAUUUUCACAAUUCUGUUAAUUAAAAGGUAAUCUAUGUAGGAUUUUUUUUAAUUUAUUUUGUAAUAUCAGUUAAAAUCACUGUAAAAUGACCUGAAUUCAAAUCAUUACUGAUUGAAGAGUUGUAUUUUAAAUGUUAUCUGACGGGGGACAGUUUUUUUUUGUUGAUGUUUUUAAAUGUUUAUCUACCUCUUAUUUUUUAUAUAUAUUAUAUAUAAAAUACAUCUCGCAUUCAGCAAUCUGAGUGACAGUACAGUAUCCGGAAAACCUCAGUAAUUCACAAACCACAUCACACUACAGAUGUCUUUGGAGAAGGGCUGGUUGCUAGCUUUUACAGAGGUCACCCACUCGGUGGGGAAGGUGCACACAUGCCAAAUUAAUCAGUAUAAAUUCGAGGAUGGCCUGCCAACAGCUGGCCAGACCCAUCACCUCUGCCAUGGAUGUGUUGCCACGUUGACCAGUGCAGGUAUCCAUGGCAACUCCUCCACCACGUCAUACUUUCAUGCUGGUUCUGAGGGAGUUUUAAUCCUCUAGUCUGAUUUUGUUCAGCUUGCACUCAGGCAGUAGCUGGGUGCCCCCCGCAUCUCCAGAGUGGCCGUGCCCGUUCUGUUCUCAUGUCUGACAGUACCGUGGAGGCAGGUUACCUGCCUCCGGUGGGUGAGUUGGCCUUGUUUCUCUGUGGAGGAUUAGACAGGCUGACCUCCCUAUCACGACAUCAGAAAUGUAAUUGAUCUACUGUCGAACACCGGGCAGGGUGGCAGAGUGAGUUUGCCCGUUUUUUAAUGGAGUCAUGGCUGGCAUUUUGUGUGGCAGGAGUAUGCGAUGAGCUGGCGAUUAGUCUGAAGCUGGCUGAUGUGUGGCAGAGGCUGUGUGGCCAAGAUGCCCCAGGGUUUGGGAAACAUGCCAGCUACCCCCCCCCCCCCCCCCCCCGCUGCCAAGGCCCAGUUCACCAGGCAGUGGUGUCUCUCCCACCUGACAGCACUAAACGCCCCCAGCAUCUAAUGAAACUGCCUCACCCCCUACAGAAGGUUCAAAGCCAUUGGCUGGGUUCAGCAGAGUGAGGCGUAAGCCACAGGCUUGACUGGCCAAGCCUUUCACAUUGCCACACACCACCAAUGGAAGGAGGCUAAAUGAUCCCCCACCCACCCCAUCUGAUCCCCUCACCCACCCCACCCGAUCCCCUCACCCAACCCACCUGAUCCCCUCACCCACCCCACCCCAUCAGAUCCUCUCACAUACCCCAUCUGAUCCCCCCACCCACCCCACCUGAUUCCCUCACCUACCCCACCUGAUUCCCCCACCCACCCCAUCCCAUCUGAUUCCCUCACCCACCCCACCCCAUGUAAUCUCCCCAGUUACUGAGGGUAUUUUUUCCAAGUGUUACUGCUCUGAGGGGUUGGGGGAGCCUUUAGCCUUUGGGCAGGGGCCAGGCCUGCUGGACUGGUGGCCCACAGGCAGACCAGAGGAUGGAAGACCCCCUCCCAACUCUCAGUUGGGCUGGCUAUUGUAAGCUCCUUGAGGUCAGUUCCCCUUGAGCCUCCCACCAGCUGCCUGCAUUUGAGAGUCAAGAGUGAGUGUUUCAAGUUAAAGCACGUCACCUCUUCCCUCGCACCGGACACAGCGGAGAGUCAGAAAGACUCUGGCCAGAUGCUUGGCUGUAGCUAGGAACUUUAGCACAAUAUGGGAGAUGGACAGACACCACCCCAGCUGCGGAGGUUGGGAUAGUGGGGGUGGGGCGGGGAGGGUAUCUUUCAUGGGGCUCAAGUCAUGUUGCCCAUAUUCAGGAGGAAGUAUGAAUCCAGGGCCAAAGGUGUUAUGGGUAUCCAAGAAGACCAUUGGGCUCUCUCGUGUAAAACCUGCAGAGUGAGAGAACCCGUUAGGUGACGGGUGGUUCAGGCAGAGUGCUAAACUUUGCCUUUAGAGCUACACAUAGUUGCCAGAUAUGGAGCAGUGGGAACAGAGGGAGGGGUGAGGCAGAACGCAAAUACUACAAUAACAAGUGUGGGAACAAUAAUGUACAGUAUGGCAACUGGGAGAAGAGGCUCAGAGGCUGGUGUCCAGAGCAAUCUUUGUUAAGGACUCUUGUAGUUCUCUCCCCCUCCCUGGAGCUGGAAGUGUUUUCCUGAUAGAUCACAUGGCUUAAACAGUAGAGAUAAUCCCAGCACUUCCAAAGUAUUGGAUUUGACAUGACCCUCUGUGAACAUGCUUUGCCCAAUUAACGUUGCUUCCGUCGGUUACCAGGGCUGCCCGACUUGUUUGGUUGCUCCCUGAAGGCCAAGCUACAAGCACAUUCAGUGCUGUCGUGACUUGGCUUGGAUCUCACAGCUUAUGGGGAGGGCCAGAGUGUAUAGCAACCCCUUUCUCCAGCUCCCUGCUUGCCUCUCCCGCAAUCCUUGCUGAACAAGGGAAGGGUAAGCAGAUGCCCCUCCGUUUUGUGUUUCAUUUGGGUAGUGGAGCUCUGGGGGGGGGGGGGGGGGUUCAAUGUCAAACUGGGAAGGGGAAGGUUAAGUCCCCUCACACCGCUGGGGCGGUUAGUUACUGGUGACCUCCUGAACUAGCAACCUUCUCUUCACACUCACACGUGUUGAUCACCACAACCGCAAACCCUCAGAUUACAGCUGGUAACGAAUGUCUGAUUUACAAAUAUCGUCAAUAGUUGAAAUCUUUAUUAGAGAGAGAUUUUUUUAAAAAAAUCACUAACAACACUGUGGCCAUCUUAGCAGUUCUGUGGAGCACUUCAUUUUGACACGGCUUGUGUGAAUUAGGAAGUGGGUAUGUGUCUUUGUUGGUAUGGUCCAAGCUGUUGAAAGGGACUGAAUUCUACCUUAUUGGCUACACAAGUUGUCCAAUGUUUGUAUUUGGAGAUUAGCAAACUCUGAUUGAAGUAAAGUUAACUUGUGGUGGGGUGUGCAAUCAAGAGUAAGAUUGGACUGAUAUAUUUCUAACAGGGACCCCUGUCUGGACUGAUGUGUUACCUCAGAUUGUACCCUUCAUUUGUCUGGUCCAUUCCAGUUGGUCAGACAAUCCUUCCUCCUUGCAUCAGCUCUCAACCACCUCCCCUACCAUCCUCGGCUGGAGGUUUCAGUGCCCCGGAACUGAGCAAUGACAGUAUCCUUGGUAACAUUCCCAAGGAAAUUGUGUGCUGGUUGGUAAAAUGCUUGGAUGUCCCAAUGGCUUUGCCUUUUUGGAAGGAUUGGGUAAGAUGAUCCCAAGUUGAGAGAGCAAAUGUCCAUCGGACACUAACUGAAUUUGAAGCACAAGCAAUAAGGACCCUCUAAGCUUUGGAAGUAAUGGGGAGCAGGGUCAGUAUCUGAACGUGAAUGGGCAGGCAUCUGGCUCCCAGACUCCUUCACUUUUGCCUGUAAUUGGAGGGUCCUUGCUGUCCAGCGCUGUACGUGGGGUGAUGGGGGAAAUGUUUCUGUCCAGUCUCCAGCCUUCAGAUUAUGCCCCCUCGGAUUAGACCCUUGCACUGUGGGUUGAAUGAUACCCACCCAGCCCCUUGACACUUACCGCAUUGCGUCGGAAUAAGAAUGUGAUGCCCACACAGUUGGGAAUGGCCAGGAACAUUUUCAAGCAAAGAGAGGCCCUUGGGAAGUUCUGCUACCCUGACUGAGGAGAGAGGACAAAGUCAAACGCACCGAGAAGCUCGACAUGCAAGUUUCCCAUUUUAACAGUGCAGCACCCUGACCCAAAUCCCAGGCGAAGCGGCCACCGUGCAAGGGUCACCUGCCACCGAGGUGGAUAGAGGAUGUUCCAUGUGAGCCUGGCCCCUGGGAGGUGGGCCCUAUCGGAGUGAAGUGGGUGGGGGGGAGGAGGAGGGCAGGGCUUUGGGAAUGUGUGGCAGAGUGCAGAAGACACAGGAUUCCCUGGCACACAAGCUUAAUGUCUCCAUCUGAGUUGGAAACCAGACCAAAUGUGCAAACGCUGACCCACAAUGCGUUUGCACUGAGUAAUGAGGGAACACAGGGCUCCCCUCUGCACUCUGACUGACAGGAUAUGUUCCUCCCUCACACUGGGUAGACCCACCCACCACACACACAAUCUGAGGCCACUGUACAGGUUACAACCUCAGCAGCUCGUCCAGCCACUCUUUGUGGUUUUUAAGGAUACCUGCAUAAAGUAGCUGAGGUUGAAGAAAAUCAUGGAAAGUUACAUGGAGGGUUUUUGAUCAUUUUUGUCAUAAAGAUAUCUUAAAAUCAGACAGCCCAAUCAAAAGAGAUACCUCAAGGUAAGUACCAGCAUGGUUGAGAAAACCAAUACGUUGCCAAAAAUGUUACUAAUAGUGUCCUAUAGUUUAAGCUUUGUGUUUUAAAAGAAUGAUGUUGGAUCUGAUGGUUAUUAUGGUGCAAGAAUGAACUGCUCUAGGGGCUGUGGUUACGCCACUUGUUCAGGGCCGUUGUUGGUCCCUGUAGCAACAGUGAUUCUGUCCUUGCCUCCUGCCUUCCUUGGGCUUGGACUCACUCUCAGUCUAAGGCAAGAGGCCACCUGCACUGCAGAUGACAAGGCAAGCACCUUUCCUGACUGGCGGGCUUCUGGAAUUGCUUCAAGUCCCCCAGCCUAGUUUUCGGCAUUAAACAAUGAGAAUGGCUUGAAUGACCUCAGCCUGUCCCAAUAAUGGACAAAACGGGUCUGCUUUUUUCAUUCAUUUUAGCCAAUUGGGGACCUGUUGCGGUGUUAGGUGAAACAACAUUCUCUGAUCUGCUAAAACGUGGAGCAAAGCAGACCCUCCUGACCUCAUUACUGUGUCUUUGGCUGGGAGGGUGUGCCAGGCAUCUGAUCGGCCUGCCUGGACCCUCCACCUCAUUCAGCUGGUGAGACUUGUCCUUUUGCUCCCCUGGGUUAACGGAAGGGGAGGCCCGGGAGACCAAGUCAGUGGUGACAUAUGUUGGUGCUGUCCCAUUGUUGUGAGUGUAGACAGCUGAUGGAACCGAGGAUCCUCGAGCCCCCCCAUCUCAGGAUCUUCAGGAGUGACUCGGGAGGAGUGCAUGCAGAAACUACAGUUCGGGUGGGCAUCAUCCAUAUUCUUCUAAAAAUAAUUAAGCUUGUGAUGACCCACGUUGAUUAAUGGAGUGUUAGGUUCUGAGUUCUUUAAACUUCUGCCCUGUUUUGUCAGCUUCAGAUGUAAAGGCUUGGGCCCCCAACUAACCCUGACAGUUGCCCAAAACCUCAAGGCUAGCCAGUCACAGAGUGGUGCAUGUGACAGUCGUCCAGUUGCUAAGGAACCCAGUUACCUGGGUUGACCUCCUUCCUCCCCCACUCCACGAGUGAGAGCUGGGAGAGUGUGAGGUGACAGGUCUGGGAAGAGUUUGGCUUUUCUGUGGUGGUCAUGGGACGAUCGCACCAUAUGGUUGCUGUUUCCAAACUGCAAGUGAACUGGUUCCUCAGUAUACAAACUGCAGGCAGUUUCCCUUCCAGAAGAUUGUGGAGGAAUUCCCGAUGGGAGCUUGCAGAACUCUGGCUGGCUGCCAUCCAUUCCCAGUCUUCCGAGAAGGACAAAGGAACAUGUGCAGGACCACUUUGGGCUUUGGACAUUCAGUGGAUGCUUUGAGGCAUUGAGUGUUGAGGUUGUACAGCAAGGAGCCCCCUUCCAAGAAAAAGCAAGAAUGGGACCUGGUUUAAUCAAGGUAGACAUGACCUUUGAUUGCUGGUGUGCUCUGGGGAACUUUCUGUUGCUGCACAAAUCUUUUCUUGUAUUAAUUGAGGAAGGAUUCCCCUACCCCACCCUACCCCCACCCCCGGAAGAAUCUUCGCGCACCUUUAUGGGAAUGCAAAGGGAUUUAUAAAUGAAGUGUGUCUGGACCAGGAAUGGUUGGCAUACAGAAAUGGCUAAGAAUGGGUUGCUAUAAGCUGUUGUCUCUGUUUUAAGUUAAAUGUCCUGAUAAAAGGCACUUAUUUACUGCACAACCAGUUCCAAAAGAAAACAGUCAAAUUUAGUCAUCUGGAGGCUAUCAUUGGGGCACAACUGAUCUAUCAGAUUCUCGAAUCAUUGAGAGAGGCAGAGAAAUGUCCCUGAUCCUGCUCUAUAUCUACAGUUUGGUGUCCAUAUCCUCCUCCCUCAUAGAGUAAUUGUUUGAAACCCCUCAUUGUGCAGUUUAUUGUGGACACUAAUAGAUCAGAGAUCUACCUCUGGCAGGAAAAGAGAGCACUAGAUGACAUAGUGCAAGAUUGGCUGUCCCUUCCCCCACCCCCUUGCUUAUUAAAUUCAUUUUUUUAAAAAUAAUGAAGCAGUGAAGAUGGCCAAUUUAUUAAAUAAAAGACUUACUGCGUGUAAAUGAUUCAUACAAUUCCUGUGUUUCUAUGGAGAUUUGAUUCAUUGGUUUAAGAAAAAUUCAAAUGUUUUGUAUAUUCUGUUGUAAGAAUUUCCUCCUGUUAUUUCGAUAUAUUAUGGAAUCUUUUCAUUCGAGAGGAAAAAAAACUUGUCUAUUUUGACCGGCUAAAGCUAAAGCAAUUCUAGGUUCUUCUUACUUGGCUUUUUUUCUAGUAGUUACAGUACAAGAUUUAAGUUAAAUAAAAUCUGUAUGCAAAAAUAAAAUCAUUGUGUACAUGGUC